ACGAGUGGCCGAGAUUAAAGAGAAGAAGACAAGACAUUUUUGGUCAAUCCAAAUUUUGGGGAAACUUGUAAAUGGCGUCUCAAAUCUAAGUCAAUACGACGGAAUGCGCCCCGCCAAUAAAAAACCCGCCAUUGGUUAUAGUGAAGAGAAUCUAUAUGACGACGACGACGACGCCAACGACAUCUGCGAAAUUGCUGCCACCUCUGAUGCAGAGGUGGCGACGCCCAUCCUCGACGCGGCCAAGAACGGGAUAGUCGAGAUGGUGGAGGGGAUUUUGGCGCGGGUUCCGGUGGCGAUCCACGACAAGAAUGUUGAAGGUAAGAAUGUGGUUUUGAUUGCAGUGCAGUAUCGGCAGCCACACGUGUACAAGUUCUUGGUUGAUUGGGACAAAAUGAGAGAUACGAUCCUUUUGGAAACUGAUAAGAAGGGCAAUAGCGCAUUGCACCUUGCUGCUAUGGCUGGUGAGUAUAAGCCAUGGCUCGUUCCUGCUCAUGCAAUGGGAGCUCAAGUGGUAUCAGUUUGUGAAGAAGUCGAUGCCAGAUCGCCCCGCUCGGAACGGGUCGAAAACCCCGAGGGAAAUAUUCUACCAGACCCACGACGGCCUCGCCAAGGAGGCCGGCAAGUGGCUCACCAGCACCUCCCAGUCCUGCUCCGUGGUGGCGAGCCUCAUCGCCACGGUGGCCUUCUCCACCUCCGCCACAGUCCCGGGCGGAGGUGGCACCCCAAACUGGGAAAACGAGAUGGCCUUCAGCAUCUUCUCCAUCUCCUCCCUCCUCGCCCUCUGCUUCUCGGUGACCUCCUUGAUCAUGUUCCUCGCCAUCCUGACUUCUAAAUUCCAGCAGAAAGACUUCGGCACGAACCUGCCGAGGAAACUGCUGGUCGGGCUGACGUCGCUCUUCGCCUCCAUAGGUUCGAUGCUGCUGUCUUUCUGCGCCUGCAAUUUCUUGAUCCUCAAGAAUAAAGUGCAUUACCCUGCUUUCCCGUUUUAUCUCGUGGCCUGCUUGCCGGUGAUAUUGUUCGCCGUUAAUCACUUCCCGUGGUACUUUGAUCUCCUUUGGAUUACAGCUAGGUCUGUACCCCAGCGAAGUCCAAAGUGAUAGUAUAUACUACCUAUGAACUAUUCCAUACUUUCUUUUCUAUAUACUCCUAGUUUGUAAUAAAUGUCAUCGACUGACUUGUGAUCUUAUAUUUGUUGGAAUUGAUGUA